AUGGAACAUGUGGCCUCCAACCGCCUGUGUGCGCAGCCGCCAUGUGAGCCCCCCGGCUCGGGCAUGAAGAGAAAGCGCUCGGCACGUGGCAGAGAGGCCGAGGAGGAGGCAGAAGAAAAGGCCCUUUUCUAUAUGAAGGUCCAGGCCGUGAACGGCGUCUCGGUGGGCUGGGAGACCGGGGCCGGCUUUGAAGACAUUAGGAAGCGGCCUCGGAUCUUUAAGACCAAGUACAUCGGCGGAGAAAGCUUUGCCGGCUCGGACCUGAGCAGCUCCCACACCAAGUCCGAGCUGGGGGACGUGGACUCGGAGGCAGACCUGGAGGCCCUGACCCAACAUGUGAAGCAGGGGCUGCGCCAAGGCUUCAGCUGCCGCGUGUACUACCGGGUGCUGGGGCAGCUGAGGGCGAGAGGGAGGUCCCAGAGGGGAAGAGUCCUGUGCCCUUGGGAGUCGCAGAGAUCAAGAGAAUCGCCCCCUCAUCAGAGCGUCUCUGCCGGGAGCCCUGAGGACACAGCGGAGGAGGGGGUCUCUGCCCCUGCUGGCCCCAGGGACCCAAGCCAGCAGCCCUCCACGGCCACAUCCAUCACCAGUCACUCCUUGACCCGCGGCGUGGAACCUGUGGCCUCCAACCGCCUGUGUGCACAGCCGCCAUGUGAGCCCCCCGGCGCGGACGUGAAGAGAAAGCGCUCGGCACGUGGCAGAGAGGCCGAGGAGGCAGAAGAAAAGUGGAUUUGUUUCAAAGAUAUUGUCAUCUGUGUAGAAGUUCCAGGAUGGAGCGAAUCAGGCAGAUGCUGAGGAGUAAGGCCGGGCAGGUGGCUCCAGAGUCGGCAGCAAACAUCAGCCAGGCUGCCCAGGAGGAGAGCAGCCCCUCUGUCCCCGCGGGCGGGGAAGAGGCUUGUGGCCAGUGGAAAGAGAGGAGCUGCAUCGCCUGCUGGAGGGGGAGGAAGACAACAGCUCCCCUAGCUGACCCUGAGGCACCUUCUGGGACGAAAUGGAGGUGGCCCCGGGUACAGCUGUGGAGGAGAGAGCCAGGGGAGGGCAGGAGCCGGGGAAGGCAGCUCUGGGGCUUCCUUCGCAGGAAGCCAAGGAGCCAGGAGCUGCGCCCCAGGGCCCAGCAGGAGCCGCCAACCACCAUGGCAACUGAGGGGCCCUGCGCCAGCCCGACCCUGGCCCCCGAGGAGCCUCCCGCCAGCA